UGCUAUUUUGCGGCACCUCUCUUUGUAGAAAUGUUGCCAUGAUAAGUAGCUGUUCUGAUGUAUUUUUUUUUUUUUCAAUAGCAUUCAUUUUAAUUGAACUUCACUGUGCUGAAAAUCGGAUGAUCUGAAUGUGAUAGGUCCUCCUAUAUGACAGCCAUUAAUUCAUUUGCACAAAAUCAAUCUUACAGUUUCUUAUGUUAAAUUAGCAUCCGUGUUCUUUUCUUGGCAUAGAUUAUACUGGAUGACCCCUGUGCUUUGCCCCUGUAUUAACUGUUUAAUACUGCAUUUGUUCAUCCUCUGCAAUAGCUAUAGUGGAUCCACUUGCGGUCUAGUUGAACUCCUUCAGACAUUUCAUAUUAGAAGUAUGCGAGACUCAUGUCCCACUUGAAUCAAGGCAGAGAAAACUUGAAAUGAUCGUUACUGUUUUGUAGUGAUUAGCCGUCCAUCUCAUCACUGCUGUCAAAUCGGAGAUCCAUUACCUUUGCAUUUGUAGGAUGAAAAAUGAAUCUUCAGAAGUAUAUGACAGUGGCACGUAUAUAUGGGUGUUUUUGGUCUCUCAAUUUUAGAUUUAAAGCUUGCAACUCUCCACCUAACCACUUUGUAUAAGUAAGUGCUGCUCCUGUAUGAACUGUUUAUAUGUCAAGCUGUGGGUUUUUCACUUUAAUGGACUGGCUAAGGUCCCUCCAAGGCUAGUUUAUAUAUGCUUCUGCAAAAGAUAAGUGCAAAAAUGUUAUAGAUGCAAUGUUUUAGCAAAGAGAUGUUGCUUUCAUGAAGAGAGGAGGUUGCUGUGUAGUAUAGCCAACCUAAAGGGUUUGCAAUUAAUUCUCCCUUUUCUUUUGCAAAUUCUGAGGGCCAUUUAGAUUCUCUUUUUUCUUAUGCUAUCCUCACACUUUCUCUUGCAGAUGGCAGAAUCACCAAAGGAAACUGCAGUGGUGAAUCGGAAAGAGGAUAAAUCAUUACUAGAUGCUGAAUUUGGAAAGGAGUUCCUUACCUCCUGGAAGUCGUUGUCUGUGGCGGAAGAUGACGCAGUGGAUUUUAACUUUGAUACAGUUGGCAAAGGCAUGACGAAGAAAUUCAACUUUGAUAAACUGGAUGUCGAUUUUAACCUGGAUGCUGAUUUUGACAAGUUAUCAUCAUUCAAAGUGGACAUGCCGGAUCUUGAUUUCUCCUGUCCAUCUAAGAAAUCUCCAAACAACAAGGACAGAAAUGAAGCAGAAUCACUUGAUGAAGGAAAUUCCAAGAAAAGAUUUUCUUUCUCCUUUGAUUUUAAUGAGUUGGAUGGCUUUAAUCUUGAUUCACCCAAAACUGAGGGAGAACAAGGUGGGAAGAAGGUUAUAGGAAGCAAAGGGAGAUCAUCGGAGAUGAAUGAGCACCAGGGCUCAAAAACUCGCCUUCCUGAGGCAAUUCCUGACUGUGAGGAUAAUGCUAUGAUUAAUAAUGUUCAAUCAACACGCUGUGUGGGUACAUCAGAGAUUCAAGUAGAAACUUCUGUAAGUUCAGCUUCUAUGCCUAACCCAAGAAUGGAUGAUCAGGUGCCAAAGCCCGCGGCCUGUAGAAAUUCAAUUGCAGAACAAUCUUCUUUUGAAAGGACAAACAGCACGUGUGCUCAAGAAUCUGAUCAACAAGAUUAUUCAUUGGACAAAACAGCACCAAGAGAAGUACAUAUUCAGCCCGCAGUUGACACAAAUUUAAGUACCAUCCCAGAGCUUCCAAGAAAAGAUUUGUGGAUCGUCAAAGGUUUGAAUUCCACUUUGGGUGAGGAGCAGAGUAACAGGGAAGAAAUGGCAGGGGAAGCCACAUAUUCUCACGGCAACUCGCAGUCAGAAGGUUCAAGUGUGCCACAUGUUCCAGGAACAGAAGGCGAGGCAAAAGGAAGCAAUAAACCUUUUCUUGAUACAUUGAAUGCUACUAAGGCUGAUAACCAAGAGGCCAAGCCUGAUACAAAUCUUAAUGAUACAGCCUGUAUUAUCCCAAGUAAAGUGCUGCACGACAGUGAAAUAUCUGUUUUCAGAGAGCCUGGACAAGCACACUCAAAGUUUUUCAAGAGAUCAGAGGAAAUUAAGAGUCAGUCUUCUCGAGAACCAUCAACUGGGAGAAAGCUUACUCAAUUUAGCAGCAAAAGACUUGCUUCUGUACAUCUAAAUGAAACUAGGUUGGGCGACAAUGCCAAGGAUUCUCUAGUUGCGGGAAAGUCACUCAGUGGUCUAAAUUCACUGGUGAGGGAGCAAACAAAAAGUCAACAUCCUCUGACGGGAAGCCAUAUCAGUGUGAGACCCACUUCUCAACUGGGUUCUCUAUGCAAGACGGGAAGUUUAAAUGUGUUGUCAAAACCAAUUGUUAACAUAUGUGUGAAUCCUGAAGUCACUAAUUCAAGCAAGGAAUCUUUUAAGGAUUCCACGGUCAGAAAUGUUGAUGUGAAGAACAGUAACUCUCUUAAUUCUGGCAAGAGGGCUUUUCAUCUUACUAGCUUGAAAAUGAUGAGGGCCACAAGAACCAAAGAAGAUCAACUUGGUUCUAAUCCUACAGAGGAAAUCAGUUCCAAGAGAGACUCUGAGCAAAUAACGGCUAUGCCAGGUGAUGCAGCACAUGGGUUAGCUCAUUGUCGCAAAAGCACCGACACCCAGUCACUUCUCAAUUCAUCCUUAAAGCGAAAAUCAUAUGAGGGAUCAGAUGCCAAUUUAGUGCCAUUUAGUCCAUUAAAACGGCUCUCUCAGUCUCCAAGUGAGAAAAGAAGUUUCAGAGAAUCCUUGGAAACUGUUGUCACAGAUCAGGGAUCAGUUGCCAAUUUGAUGUCAUUUAGUCCACUGGAAUGGCCCUCUGAAUCUCCAAGUAUAAAAAGUUUCAGAGAAUCCUUUGGAGCUGUUGUCACAGAACAGGUUUGCAAUCAUGAGAGCACCGAACAGAGCAAAACCAACAGUUUGUCUGGUGACCAUCCUAAAUUGCAGCUUAAGAUUUCUCCUAAGGUGAGGUCAACCGAAGUUGGAAGUCCGUUGAUCAUGGAAAGUGAUGAAAAUGUUGAAAAGGCCGAAGCUUAUACAACGGAACUUGAAGAUAUCUGCAACAUGCUAAAGAAGAAGCAAGAAGAAGCUAAAGAAUUGCUUGUUCGAGCACUUGUGAACAACAACAAUCUGUUAAUGCUUAAUCAUCCCAUCUACGAUGAACAGAUAUCCUUCUGGUUAUCAAUGAUUUCACGGGAUGUUCUUUGGGUUGUCCAUGAUAUGUUUCUUCUCUCUUUUGGCAUUUCUUUGUAAUUCCUUCACCAGAUAAAACAUCCGUAGGGUGCAGAAGUUUGCAUCACAGCUCAUGUCAAAGGAGAUUCACAUUUGAAGUAGCAUCAGUUGAGUUAUGAAUCAGGAAAGUAUACGCGUGCUUGUUUCUCAGGCUUCUGGAUUACAACUUAUGGAAGCGGACUGGCUUCCUGCAUAUAUUCAGGGAUAGUCUACAUUUUUGUGUACUGUUGGUUCGGGAUGAAAUCCCGAGGACAUUUCCAGGUGGCUUGCUGAAUCAAGACUAUAUUUUUCUUCUCCCUAUUUUCAUGGGAUGCUGUCGAGGUCAAUGUUUCAAAUAUGGGACCAACUUCUAAAACUU